GUUGGUUACAGGCUCUGCAUUCAGUCAUCAGCUGUCCACGCGUGUUAACUAUUCGUUCGUUUUAAAAAUGAACGCGAUAUGAGCUGCGUGAGUUCAAGUUAAAUUUGCGAACGAAUAAAAUAAAUCGUUCGAAUAUGGCUGUGAUCGAUUUAAAAGUUUUUGACGUGAUCCCCGCGAGAUUGAACCUGGGUUUGAUGAUAUUCACAAGCUGUUGGGUCGUGUACAUGCUCCGUGUCAAUAUGAGUUUAAAUCUUAUCGCUAUGGUGCCACCCACACCUAGAAAUGUCUCGGUACAAUCUCAGUGCGGUUCAAAAGACGAUGUUAUGGUGAACAAGAGUAUACACAAUGCUGACAUCGCAGAAAUUAGAGAAGCUCCAAGACAGGUAGAUAACGGACGAGCACAAUUUAACUGGUCUACAGACCAGCAGGCGAUGAUCCUGGGCGCUUACUUCUGGUGCUACCCCAUCACCUCUUUAGUAGGAGGUAUGGCUGCUGAACGCUAUGGACCUAGAUACGUAGUACUCAUCACUUCGCUGGCCAGUGCAAUACUCACAGCUCUCGGACCUGUCGCCGCGAGAUAUGAUUAUAUAGCACUCAUCGUAACGAGAUUCUUCCUUGGAUUUGCUGGUGGAUUUAUUUAUCCUGCGUUACAUGUUCUCGUGGCGCGUUGGGCGCCCCCUGCUGAGAAGGGAAAGUUUGUGAGUGCUAUGAUGGGAGGCACUCUCGGGACAGUCGUCACCUGGUCACUAACAGGACCAUUGUUAGAGAAGUUCGGAUGGGCUUCAGCAUUCUAUGUCCCUUCAGCUUUAACUUUAAUAUGGUGCGGUUUCUGGUGGUAUUUGGUAGCAGAUACGCCGAAUGAACAUCCAAGGAUCUCAGACCAAGAAAGGAAAUACAUAUUAGAUGCCCUCGGAGACAGGGUCACGAAUGCGAAGGUUAGCUAAAUAUUUGCUAUGCAUAUGUAAAGUA